GUGAAGAGAGGAGUAAAGAAUUUUGGAAACUUCUAGAUUUUAACCUGGAUUUUCUUGUAAAUAUGCAGUGAAUUCCUGGGAUUUUUAAGUAUUAGGAUGGAGCCAACCGAGAGAAAGAGGAGGCUAGAGGGUGACUCCAGUGAACCCAGUUAUGCCAAGCGAGCUCAACGACAACAUGACGCAGAUUCAUCUGAUGAAGAGGAUUACACUCCGUAUGUGCCUUUGAGAGACAGGAGGAAGCAAGAGCAAGAACGACAUGCAAAACUCCUGAGUAAAAGGACUAAGGGUGGAAACAACACCAAAGAGAAUCCUGAUGAAAACAACACCAACAAGGAAAAGGUGGAGAGUGCGACAGCAGCACUUCCUAACGUCAGCCUUCUUGACCAGCAUAGUGAACUUCUAAAGAAAGCAGAAACUGUCAAGGAAACAGAAAUUGAAAAGCAGUUGAAAGAAGAGCAGAAAAUUUUGGAAAGCAUUGCCGAGAAAAAAGCAUUGAUGGCGGUCAGUGAAAUCGCAAAAGGAGUUGUGUACACUGAUCCCAUAAAAACUGGGUGGCGACCUCCAAGAUAUUUUCAAAAUAUUCCCGAGUCAAAAUUUGAUAGAAUUCGCAAAAAAUGGUGCAUUUUAGUUGAAGGAGAAGAUAUUCCUCCACCUAUUAAGCACUUCAAGGAAAUGAAGUUUCCUCGGGCAAUCAUCAACGCCUUGAAAAGAAUGAAGAUCCAUCAUCCCACACCAAUACAAGUACAAGGCAUACCUGCUGUUUUAACAGGUCGUGAUAUCAUUGGGAUAGCCUUCACAGGAUCCGGAAAGACGCUGGUUUUUACAUUGCCAAUUGUCAUGUUCAGUUUGGAACAGGAGAAAGCUCUUCCAUUCCGACGAGAUGAAGGACCAUAUGGCCUUAUUGUGGUGCCUUCACGAGAGUUAGCAAAGCAAACUUGUGAUGUUAUCCAGAAUUUCACGCGAGCUCUCGAAGCUGAUGGUUUCCCCUCGGUCCGAACUGUGCUUUGUAUUGGCGGAUCAUCGAUGAAAGAUCAGAGUGAAAAAAUUAGAAGAGGCGUUCAUAUUAUCGUCGCUACACCUGGUCGUCUUAUGGAUCUUCUUGAUAAAAAGAUUGUUGAUUUAGAUAUUUGCAGGUAUUUGUGUCUUGACGAGGCUGAUCGAAUGAUUGACAUGGGUUUUGAAGAGGAUGUAAGAACAAUAUUUUCGUAUUUCAAGUGUCAAAGACAAACUCUGUUAUUCAGUGCAACUAUGCCUAAAAAGAUCCAGAACUUUGCAAAAAGUGCCCUUGUCAAACCAAUCACCAUCAACGUCGGUCGCGCGGGAGCGGCCAGUCUCGAUGUCAUACAGGAAGUUGAAUACGUAAAGCAGGAAGCAAAGGUGGUUUAUUUAUUGGAAUGUCUAAACAAGACUUCUCCUCCAGUGCUGGUUUUUGCCUCUAAGAAGUCUGACGUUGAUGAUAUACACGAGUACUUGUUGUUAAAAGGCGUAGAAGCAGUUGCAAUUCAUGGUGAUAAAGAUCAAGAAGAACGAGAGAGAGCUGUGUCAGCGUUUCGGGAAGGACGGAAGGAUGUCCUCGUUGCAACAGACGUCGCUUCCAAGGGACUUGACUUUCCUAACAUUGCUCAUGUGAUCAACUAUGAUAUGCCAGAUGACAUUGAGAACUACGUCCAUAGAAUUGGUCGAACUGGUCGUAGCGGGAAAACAGGAACUGCAACAACUUUUAUUAAUAAGUCUUGUGAUGAAUCUGUGUUAUUGGACAUGAAACACUUAUUGGCCGAGGCUAAGCAAAAGAUCCCACCAUUUUUGGCCGCGUUGGAACCAGAAAAUGAAGAGUUGUUAAACGUCGGAGACGAGCGCGGUUGCGCGUAUUGUGGUGGACUGGGUCAUCGUAUCACGGAUUGUCCUAAACUUGAAGCAAAACAGAUCAAAGAGACUGGGAAUAUCGGUCGAAAGGAUUACUUGGCACCAGGGGCUGCAGACUGGUAGGGCUCUAGGUACAAGAAUGCUUCGUACUGGGAACGUGACGUCACUGGCCCGGCUGCCUGCCAUUGGCGCGGCUGCACUGCCUGAAAAACUGAGUCUUCAUGGUCCGUCUUUGUAAAUUUUAUGAAUAGUUUACCUUUGAGAAGAGAAAAGUAAAAGUAUUUAUAAUUUAACUUCAGAAUUUGCUUAAAAAAGGGUAGUUUUUUAAGACCCGGGAAAAGGACCCGAUGGAGAAGCUGUGCCGAUAUG